GAUUAUAUAGCUAAAAUAAAUUUUGGCGAUCUUGGCAAUUCUGCGGGAGCAUAUUAUUAAACCAAAUUUGGCUACAUUUAAAGUACACAGAGGUAGUGUAAUAUUUUAAAUUUAAUAUAGCUUCCUAUAUUUUAAAAUGGAAAAAGGUGCAGUUAAAAAUCUUAAAGAAAGAGAUAUUGUUAAAGAUAGUAAAUUAGAGGAACAGAUUCUUAAAACAUUAGGAAACGUUUCAUCUGAAGAAAAAAUUAAUAUUCUCCUAAAGAAAUGUGUUGAAAAUGAAAAAGAAAUAAAACGCCUCAAUUCAAAAGUAAAGCAAAAUGAAAAAAAUUUAGAAGUAGUCUUACGGGAAAAAGACAAUUUGCAAAAAGAAUAUAAUAAAGGAGUUCUUAUAAAGGAUAAAUUAGAGCAAGUGUGUAGAGAACAACAAAAGUUAAUAAAAUCUAUACAAAAUGAGAGCAUGACAAAGAUUCGAGAGGAAGAAGAACGUCGAAAAGAAAAUCAAGUGAAAUUUCAACAAUCUAUCAAUGAAAUAAAUGUUACUCUUUGUAAAAAUAAUGAUGAAAAUAAUAAAUUACGAGAUGAUAAUAUUGAAAUGGCCAAAAAACUUAAAUACUUAGCUGAGCAAUAUCAUACUCGAGAGCAACAACUAGAAAAAGUAAAUGAACAGAUUAAUAUUGAAUCACAGCUUCAUAUGGCAAAAAUGAAAAAGGUUCAAGUUGAAGCCACAAUUGAAAAAGAAAAUUUAUUAAGAGAAAAGCAAAAAAUUUUGGACGAACUUCUAAGUUGUAAAAAAAUUAUACAAGAAAUGCAGGCGCAUGAAGUACAGCUAAAAGAACAAGUAAAUUUAUACACCUCAAAAUAUGAAGACUUUCAUAACUCUCUCCAGAAAUCAAACCAGAUUUUCAGCAGUUAUAAAGAAGAAUUAGAAAAGAAAGCCAAAUGCAACAAAAAGUUAGAAAAAGAAAAUUUAGACUUGAAACGAAAAUUUGAAAGAUCUAACGCUACUUUAAUUGAAUUGUCCACCGAAAAGCAAGCAAAAGAUGAAUAUGUUUUAAAAUGCACAAAACAAGUGCAACAACUACAGAAACUUCUACGAACUUUACAAGCGGAGAGAAUUCAACUCCAUCAACUGUUAAAAGAAAAUAGUAUUGAUCGUCCUCCUAUUCCGAUUAUACCAGAUGAACCAGAGCUUACUAAAUUACCACCUCUUCCAGCAGAGACAAUUCAAAACAAUAAAAUGGAAUUAAUGCAAAAAAAUUGCUCAGAACUGAAAGAAACACUAGCCAAGUUGCAAGGUCAAAUGAAUGCUAUAACCGCAAAACAACAUGAUGAAAAAAAGCUUGAUCCAUCCAAAGAUUCUGCAAAUGAAAUUAGUGUCAAAAGAAAUAAGCAAAAGAAUAAAAAAAUAAAAAAUAAAGGAUGUCCCACAGCAGCUGAUAAAACUCCUUUGGAAACAACAGCCGUUGUAAGUAAAAGUAAUGUGUUACAUGAAGCAGUUAUAACACAUGCGACACAUCCGCACCAAAUUGAAAGCAACAAACUAAACGACAAAGAUUUUAACCCAGAAAGUGCUAACAUUAUUCAAACUGAUACAAAUGAAAAUUUUAAGUUUUCAAAUUGUACCAAUAUCGUUAAUAGUAAAGCAUUAGAUGAAAAUUUGACUUUGAUUGAAUCUUAAUCUAAAUUAAUUUAAAUAAAAAUAUAAAUUGAAUUUACGAAAAUUUGUAACAUUUAUGAAUAAAAAUUUAUAGUAAAUUUA